GGUUACGUCUGCGCAUCCGCCAUGUUGGAGCGGUCAAGAUCCGCUUAUGAACAAGUGAGUCUCAAGAUUAAGUCGCCCACAACUUCCUUAAUACUCAACCGAUUUUCACCAAUUUUUUUGUUAUAAUCAUGAGACAUGGAUUAAUCUAGACUGCUCCCGCUGUGUUCCCUCCGUUAUAUAAUCCUACCCCACUUUCUGAGUGCAGUAUUCUUGAAAUAGCAUCAUUUUGUGCAGUAUUUUACAUGAACUGCCGCUUUGUAAUGGUACUGAAUGAAGUCCAGCAGCGAUGUUGACCGCCCUAAAUUGGUGGCGCCGUUGACGUGCCUGGCUGGACCCAACGCGGCAUCCAGAGCUUCUUGACAUCUACACACACUUCUUGGCCUAUAGAGUUCUCACAGAAUAAGGAGGGAGAGAAACACCUGUGGAUUUGUUCAUAUCUGCAAGAGAAGAUGAAAGGGCAUAGAAAGAACUGAAGUCAUGUCUGAGGGACCGAAAAAGAGCAAAUAUUCGGCCACACGCCGGCUAUUCUUAAAAAGCAAGCUCCUUAAGAAAGCUGUGUCUAUGCUCAUCGCUGAGAAAGAACAGAGCAAGCAUGAGAGGGAAAGUGCCUUGAACGAGAGAGUUCCUCCACUUAAACUGUCCGGUCUGUCUGUACAGGAGCUGCAGGAGCUCUGCAAAGAUCUCCACCACAAGAUUGACAUUGUUGACGAAGCACGAUACGACCUUGAAGUUAAAGUGGCCAAAAAUGAAAAAGAGAUCCAGAUUCUGACACAAAAGAUUGGAGAAAUGAAGGGCACUAUGAACAGAACCAAACUGAAAAGGGUGAAAAAAUCUGCAGAUGCCAUGCUGGGCGCCCUGACUGAAUCCAAACUAUCAUCAAAGGCUGACUUUAAAGCCAACUUGAAGACAGUCAAGAAAGAAGAGGAGAAGAAAGAGGAGGUGACUGACUGGCGUAAGAAUGUGGAGGCCAUGUCUGGCAUGGAGGGCAGGAAGAAGCUGUUUGAUGCUGGGCAGUAAAAGGUGGCUUACACAAGAACAAGCUAUGCCAAGAUCAGAAGACACCUGUGACAUUUGCCGAAAUUGAAACCUCAAACAAGAAUAUCAAAAAUGUGCAGAUUCAAUGUGACAAUCACUGUGUUGAUCUAUCCAUGUAAAAUAUUUGGUUUAUAUGUUUUUAUGAUUUUGGGUAAAUUUUGCAAAAAUUUGUGUGUCAGAACUGAAGCUAGUGAUUGUUAGCAUAUAUUUAAUCUGUCUAUAUUUACUUUAUUCCUGUUGCACAAAAAUACACUGUGAUAUUUUUGUGCGUUGCAAUACAGUAUAGUAGCAGGUGUAAGUAAAAUCAGGAUGAUUAGCAAUGAUUUGUUAUUGUUUGUAUGGAUAAACGGAUAAGUGGUCAAUUUUGUGACUUGUUGACUCUCUGUAUUGUUGUGUAGUGUAAUGAUGCCAGAUAUUGCAAUUCUUUACAGCCAAAUGAAAAUGCAAUCACAGUAUAAUGGCAUUCCACAAUAAACAUGAUGCAAUGCUCAGAUGAAA